AACGCCCGGAAGUGAAACCGCGAAAAGUGGCGCCAACAAGUGAAACCACGCCAUUUUCGGGGUCCGAAAGUGAAACCUGGUCUAUUUGUUUACCAAGCCUCUUAGCUCUUCCCUGCCGAUAGCGGACUCGUGGUAGUAUUAGGAGGUCCUUUCUACAACAAGGAAGUGGUUUGUACCGUUCAGUAGCUUUGGGUCGAGUAUAAAAAGAGGAAUAUUAAAGUGCAGAAAAUGGCUACCUCUGGGAGCAAGGGGAGUGACGAGACCAAGAAGAGUUGGGAGACUUGGUACAACUCGGCUUGUCUUGCCUAUGGGCUGAACGACAACACGAUCCAGAUACUUGAAGAAGAAGACUGUCACACAGCGGAGGCGUUUGUGGCGUUGACAGAGGACGAUCUGAAGGAGCUGCCGCUGACUGUGGGACAGAGACGUCUGGUCAUCACCAUGCUGACCGACCUGAAGGCUUGGGGCUACAACGUGCAGCUGGAGACAGAGUUCCGCCGUGCGUUCCGCAGGGGGAAAUACAUGAUAAAAGCUUACUACUCUGAUGAAGAAGAGGAGAACCAGGAGGAAGUUCUUGAAGCGGUGACAAUCUCUACUACAGACAACCUACAAGACGAGGUCCUGGUCUAUUGUAAGGCAUACAUCACCUUCCUGAAGACUGGAACACUUGAAGAUGGAGAUCAGCUCUUCACUUUUGUGGAAGAUGCUGUGACAAGGAUGAAUGAUGGUGACUACAAGGGGGCUCUUUUCUUGCUUCCCCAAGAAACGUCUCUGCCACGUUCACUGGCUGAGAAGCUACAGGACGAAGGGUGUUCCAUCCUUCAUCACACUGACAGCUUCAUCUCUGAUGUCCGCAAGGUGGUGAAGGAGCUGUGGAAAAGGGAGGAAGAGGAGGAGGAGGAAGAAGAAAAGGAGGAAGAGGAAGAAGGAGAGGAAGAAGAGGAGGAGGAGGAGGAGGAAGGAUGGGACAGCAUCAAGCCGGACAUGACCACACCAAAGAGAACCCCAUCCACCCUGCUACAGACACCGUAUCCAUAUCCACCAAGUCAGCUGUCCAGCGAUGGUUGGCCAGGCUUUGAGACCCUCCUGGACGAGUAUUGGCGUGGACCUAAGAAGAUCGAUCCUGAAACACCGGUGUCAUCCAAGACUGGGAAACCUGGCUUCAGCUCCAAGGUCAACAGGAAGCUGUUUCUCAGCACACCGGGACCCCUGAGACAGGAUGGGUUGCCAGACAUGAGGUUCAAGGGUAACAGGGAGACGUACCCCAGAAAUGUUGAUGGCACCCCUGACAUGAGGUACAAGGCAAACAAGGAGGUGUACGGUGAAGGCUCCUCCAAGUCUGCAUCGAGCGGACAUCUCAAGAAAGAUGGAACUCCUGACAGAAGGUACAAGGGGAACAAGGCUUCUUCUGGUUCUGCUUCCACAAAAGUCCAUCUCAAGAAAGAUGGUACACCAGACAUGCGCUACAAGGAGAACAAGAUGUCGUCUAAGACAGGAACCACAGCUCACAUCUCCCCAGCAGUUCACGUCAAGAAGGAUGGCACCCCAGACAGGCGCUACAAGGAGAACAAGGUGUCUUCUGGUUCAGCUACCACAGCAGUCCAUCUCAAGAAAGAUGGGACACCUGACAUGCGCUACAAGGAGAACAAGACGACUUCGUCUGGAGCUGGUGUUGGGUAUCACAGCAGCAGCUACACAAGCUACUCGGCUGGUCCUGUGAAGAAGGAUGGUACACCUGACAUGCGGUAUGCCGCAAACAAGGCGGCUUAUGGUUCUUCUGGCUCCUCAUAUGGAGGAACCUCAUACAGUUCAUCUGGCUACUCAUCUGGAAGCAGUGGAGGGUAUGGUGGGUCAUACAGUAGCAGCUACUCCAGUGGAAGCUACGCAGCUGGUCCUGUGAAGAAGGAUGGCACACCUGACAUGCGCUAUGCUGUAAACAAGGUGGCUUAUGGUUCUUCUGGUACCUCUUACAGUUCGUCUGGCUACUCGUCAGGUGGAGGUGGCUCAUACAGCCACAGCAGCUACUCAUCUGGUGGAGGCUACGCAGCUGGCCCUCUGAAGAGGGAUGGCACACCUGACAUGCGCUACAAAGCAAACCGCUAUUAAAACAUACUGUUCAGUACACAUGGUCCUUGUAUGUGAUGCUCACUGGGACAGAUUUCUACCUUUAUCUAGCUUUUCUACCUUUAUUUCUACCUUUACCUGCCUAAAUGCUUAGGCCAACAACAGACCCCUUGCUCCCUCUCUGAGAGUAGUGUCCAGGCUUUACAUACAUAUAUAUCUUUAUAUACCUUUAUAUAUCUAUAAAACAUAUAUGUUUGUAUUCAGAAGAAAAUACACUGAUGAUCUUUUCAGAUCUGUGCACUAGUUAACGGUAUCCAUACUAAUUAUAAUCAAUUACUAAAAUAUAACUGGAGUCAAUUACACUAACAUAUAACUGAUGUAGUAUUUAGAGCUAUAAAGUGGCUCAUCAAUAGCUAUAUAGUUCACAGUAGUCUUAAGACGAUUGUUUAGAUACAAAUCAUUAUAAUGAAGAAGAGAUUUAUCACACAGUCUUUGUAGUCUUUAGAAUUAAAGCCAUGUAUUUGAUUUCCAUUAAUAUUUGUAUUAAAGAUUUAUCUCUGCACACAUGAAAGCUUAUUUUUAUUACUCAAGCCAUGGUAAUAAACAUACU